AUGCUGGUCGCAGUUGCCCUUGUUGGCCUGCUGGUGCUGGUAAACGCUUCACCUACGGUUACUGAUCGCAAAGCUGUUACUGGUGAACAGCCUUCUAUGAGCACUCAGUCUGUCAAUCAGAACAACGAAGAAAACACUUACCACUGCGACGACGAUCCCUCGGCCAUUGCCUGCCCCGCUAUGGAUGAUUGCUCCGCCCAGGGACCCCUGGCUAUAGCCAAGAGAGACACCCCCGAUACACAAGCUCAGGAAAACAAGAGAUACGAGUGUUCCAAGGAUCACACUGGCGUCCUCAUCUGCCGAUAUGGUUUCUGCUCUACCGACCAUUACUGCAAGAAGAAUACCAAGUGCAGCGAUAAGUGUGCCUGCUGCAAGAAGGGUCGUGACAUUCUACGAGACAUCGGGGUCUUCAAGGACAGCUCUGCUUAG